AUGAAGCAGCAAAGCACCGGAGAGCAGCGCGUCAUUAUCCGUGCAAACGUGAAGAGCAUUCCUGGCGACCCACUUGCUCGUCCUUUCGCCCUUGGUGAACUCUACUCGCAACAAGUGCUACACCGCUCGCUGCGGGAAUCAGGCCCGGGCGACGAACCGGACGAUGAACAGAGUCCGGUCGGCUUUGACGCCGUGCAUCUGUUGCCAGGCUUUGAUUCCCCGAACCCCAUUCAAGGAUGGUUCGUCUUCGACAUAGACGUGAGGCGCGAGAUGGGAAAGAAGAACAUCUGCACGCUACCGCACUACAACUACUCGGCUCAGUUCGAUGAUGACAAGCGGGAAUGGGUAUUUACACCGCGGCCAGUAUCUGAGAAGCUCGUCCACUAUCUCUCAUUGUACCAGUGGGGCGCUGGAGAACUCCAAGUCCACCAGGAAGGUCAUCCACAGGUUCAGACUCUAGGGACAUGA